CUAUGGGACCUGCAUGCUGGUAAACAACUGUCUGAAUUAACUGGCCACGUUGGUUCCGUGACUGGCUUGGCUUUCCAUCCCACAGUUCUUCUGCUCGCUACCGUUGCAUCCGAUCGUACUGUGCGUAUCUUUGAUCUUGAAACAUUUACCCAAGUGGCUGUGAGUGGUAUUGAGCUGGCGGCCAGCACAGUCAGGAGAAUUGUAUUUCAUCCGGACGGAAUCUGUCUUUAUGCCGCCACACCUGAUUACUUAAAGGUUUUUGCUCUACAAACAUAA